AUGGAGAACAUGAUGCAGGGCAAUAAGAUCAGACGAGUUGCAGCUACUCGCAUGAAUGAGAGGUCAUCUCGAUCACACACGAUUUUCCGGAUUAUUCUGGAGUCGAAAGAUGCCAAUCAGAAAGAUGGACCUGUACAUAUAAGCUACCUUAACUUAAUGGACUUAGCUGGUUCUGAGAGAGUUUCUCUGACGAAAGCUGCUGGUGAGCGUCUUAAAGAGGGGGCUAACAUAAACAAAUCUUUGUCAGUAUUAGGAAAUGUGAUAAGGCAACUAAGCGAGGGGAAGGAGUUUAUCAGUUAUCGCGAUUCGAAAUUGACUAGACUGCUCUCACAGGCUCUUGGCGGUAAUGCCAAAUCAUUGAUUAUCGGGAAUAUCAGACCAAUGAUCCACCGCGAAGUAGCCGAUGGUCUAGAGCGUCUUUGGAACGUAAGAGUAAACUGCAUAUGGGAAGCCGAUGAAAGUAGUCGCCAUGGAGAGGUUUAUAUAUUCGACCAUGUAUUUAAGCAGGAAUGUACAAAUUCAGAUGUAUAUGGAUCUGUAGUAAAACCUUUAGUCGAUUCCUUCAUGGAAGGUUUCAAUGCCACAAUAUUUGCAUAUGGCCAAACAUCUUCUGGCAAAACACACACCAUUUUGGGCAAUAAAACAGAUCCUGGGCUUUUCCAAUUAGUAUCCAAUCAGUUAUUCCAGCAUGUGGCAGACCAGGUUGAUAAGAGGUACUUGAUUAGAUGCAGUUAUAUUGAAAUCUACAAUGAAAAGAUCAAUGACCUCCUGGAUAAGAGCAAUCAGGGUUUAACUAUAAGAGAAGAUAUCAAAGGAAAUGUGCUGCUUGAUGCAAGGGAAGCUGUCGUAGACAAUGUUGAUAAAGUUAUGGAGAACAUGAUGCAGGGCAAUAAGAUCAGACGAGUUGCAGCUACUCGCAUGAAUGAGAGGUCAUCUCGAUCACACACGAUUUUCCGGAUUAUUCUGGAGUCGAAAGAUGCCAAUCAGAAAGAUGGACCUGUACAUAUAAGCUACCUUAACUUAAUGGACUUAGCUGGUUCUGAGAGAGUUUCUCUGACGAAAGCUGCUGGUGAGCGUCUUAAAGAGGGGGCUAACAUAAACAAAUCUUUGUCAGUAUUAGGAAAUGUGAUAAGGCAACUAAGCGAGGGGAAGGAGUUUAUCAGUUAUCGCGAUUCGAAAUUGACUAGACUGCUCUCACAGGCUCUUGGCGGUAAUGCCAAAUCAUUGAUUAUCGGGAAUGAAUGUACAAAUUCAGAUGUAUAUGGAUCUGUAGUAAAACCUUUAGUCGAUUCCUUCAUGGAAGGUUUCAAUGCCACAAUAUUUGCAUAUGGCCAAACAUCUUCUGGCAAAACACACACCAUUUUGGGCAAUAAAACAGAUCCUGGGCUUUUCCAAUUAGUAUCCAAUCAGUUAUUCCAGCAUGUGGCAGACCAGGUUGAUAAGAGGUACUUGAUUAGAUGCAGUUAUAUUGAAAUCUACAAUGAAAAGAUCAAUGACCUCCUGGAUAAGAGCAAUCAGGGUUUAACUAUAAGAGAAGAUAUCAAAGGAAAUGUGCUGCUUGAUGCAAGGGAAGCUGUCGUAGACAAUGUUGAUAAAGUUAUGGAGAACAUGAUGCAGGGCAAUAAGAUCAGACGAGUUUGCAGCUACUCGCAUGAAUGA